AUGGCGUCCCGCAUCCUCGCCAACCCGUCGCUCCGCACCGCCACGGCCGCGUCGGCCCUCGUCCGCCGCGCCUGCGCCGCGCCGCGCAGCUUCCAGACGUCGGCUCGCCUGAUGGAGACGCCGACGGCCGCCCUGCCCGCCAAGAAGCCGGUGGGCGCGUUCAGGGGAGGUCUCUUCGGUUUCCUUACCGGAGCUGCUGCCGCGGCCGGUGGCAUGUACUUCUACGUGAUGGAGGAGUACCGCGUCUCGAACCAGCUGCUGACGGAAGACAUCUACGCCCUCCAAUCCGCCGUCCAGAGAAUAGAAGGCUACGUCCGCGCCAUGGAGGAGAAGGUGGAGUCCAGGACCCGAAAAUAA